UUUUAUGCGCUAUGAGCUAAAAAGCAAACGAAGCAAAAGGAGUUCCCUUAAUGGUUUCAUUUAACAACUUGAACGCAUUUAAGGUCAUUGCGUCUAACAAAAAGUGGAGGCAAACUUUUCUCUGCAAAAAGCAAACAUUAAACCGAAUGUCACCUCAACUGCCAGUACAUUCCAAGUUCAAGUUUAAUAGCUAUGAACACAACACAUCAAUCUUGCAUAGUUCCAUCGGCGAUACUCUUAAAAGUGCGUGCUGUUUAUCUUCCGGUUUCCCACGAAACGAUAAAAGGGGAGACGAUUCUCAAUUGAUAUGUGCAUAUGAUUGAGUUGAUUAGUUUAAUACGCCGGCAAUUUUCGUUCGAAGCUUUCCAUAUCAAAUAAUUUUCCAGCGAAACCGCUCAAAGCUUUACGUGUUUGAUAUCACGCUGGGGCAAGUGCUUCUCUAGCCGAAAACGCCCAGCCCAGCCAGAUCAUUAAUUUGCAAAAUAAAAAAUGGAAAAAAAUAUAUAUGAACGAAAAAUAAGCUGAAUGUCCUAGCCGGUAGCAUCACUCCUUCUCGCAGUCGAUCGGUACUCAGUCAGUGUGGCCAAGUGUGUCGCGAAGUAAACAUCUUCUCUUCAGUUGCUGUAUGGCCGGACAGACGAGCGGUCGCAACACAGCAACAACACAGUAGAGAAGUCGAAAUAUAAGACAAUAUCCAUCGAUUCAUGCGCAGAGAGCUGAGCUGUCGUAACUACCGAUGAGUUUGGAGCGAAUUUGUCGUGUAUGUCUGUGACAACCUGUACAAACAUAAAAGUGAUAGUGAAAACGUAGUUCAAAAAGUGGGAAUUUAUAUUUUUCAUGACAAAGUAGUUAAUAUAUUAAAUCUGACAAAAUGGAUUACAAUUCUACGAAUACGUUCGGAGGACUGGAGAAUUGGUAUACAUUUUUAGUGGAUGAUUUGGCAGACAAACGGACAGAUGAACUGCCAUUGCUUUAUAGUCCAAUGUGGCCCAUAUCGAUUCUACUUUUAUACUUUGGAGCAGUUUACAUUUGGGUUCCAAACUACAUGAAAACUCGGAAACCUUUCGAGCUGAAGAACUUUAUGAUCGGCUACAACCUCUUCCAAGUGAUAGCAUGUUAUUUAUUGAUUAGACAUUUUUUCAAACACGGUUGGACCUUUGACUACCUCUAUUCGUGCAAGUUGCCGGAUUAUUCCGAAAGUGCAAGUGCUGUGGGCUUCAUGUAUGGAUCGUACUUCAACUAUGUGAUCAAGGCGAUCGAACUCAUUGAGACGGUAAUGUUCGCACUGAGGAAGAAGCAAAACCAGAUCAGUGUGCUGCACGUUUAUCACCAUGCUUGCACAUUUUCCAUCGCGUGGAUAUUCGCAAAAUAUGUCGGAGGAAGCAUGUUGACAUACACGAUCAUCGUCAACUCAACGGUGCAUAUGUUUAUGUAUUCCUAUUACCUGGUGGCGAUUUUCUCGAAACAAUUGCCUUUCAAGUUAACUGCCGUUAAGAAAUUCAUCACGGUGUUCCAAAUUGUUCAGCUGAUGAGCAUUUUGGUAAACGUUGGAUUUGCUAUGCGCAGUAGUUGCUCAAUCCCUAUGGUAUUGGUGUUCAUCUAUCUGCCCUACAUGGUGGUGUUGCUGUCAAUGUUCUUCAACUUCUACUUUAGUACCUACAGGAAAGGUGGUAGACGUCUAACCAGUGGCAAAGAAACUAGUCCUAGCAUUAUGCAAAAACACAAAGAGUUAUAAACAAAACGAUUUGAUGUUUGUAUUGAUAGAACGAAAAAGAACGUCUGCAUAAAUUAUGAUCUACUGUUUUGACAAAUGAUAAGCAUUACGACUUACAAUCUAUCUAGAAAUGCAUUAAUGUAUGUUAUCGGAAUCAUGCAAUGCAUGAACUAGAAAAAGAAUGAAAAUAUCGUUCUUUGUAAUAUACCGUACAACAGGGAAACUUUGACUAUAUUCCAUAUUUAUUUGUAUCUACUUGUAACGUAACUGCUUUUGUGUAUUAUUGAUUAAGAAUCGAGACACAGUCAGUAACUGUUGAUGAAUGUUUAGAACAAACACAUUGUUUAGUGACCCAUGAUUCUGGAUCGAAAAAAAAACAGUCGGGUACACUGUUCAACUACUUCACUAGACUGCAGCCCAUUUUGAUAUGUGACACUAUACAGAACAAAAAUUCUUAGUACUAAAGUACUAAAAAAUUUGAACGUUCAAACUUUUAUUUAAUUCUCUUCGAUUUUACAUGAAAAAAACAUUUAAGUGUGCAGUAUUGUUAGCAGCUACAUACUGCAGUUAGCCUGUAAUUUUACGAUCCGAUGGCGAGUUAUGUUGUAUGCGAUGGAGUUCAUUUUAUUACAGCGUACUCGAUGUAACAAUUCUUAACUGUGUAGGCGCUAAUAUGGCUCAAAUCCAGCUUCAUUGUGUGCAAUACAGCUUCGAAAUCGCACUGCGAGUGGAAAAUGGGUAGCAAUUGUC